AUGUCGCGGACAAAUGACCACGAUGAUCAUACGCAGAUCAAUGCCUCCGAGGCUACUGCCAUGGUCUCAUCAUCACAAGCUGCUGUCUUCGAGAAGAUGUUGAGUUCGUUGGAGCGUAUUGAGGGAUUGAUGGAAAGAAAUGCGAAUGCCGCUAACAAGAAAGAUACCUCGCCCGAUGAGAGUUUCCGUGAUUGCAGAACAAAAAAGCAUCAAGAAACAAAUUCACAACCAGAAUCGUUGUUAUAUAGAGCUGCUUACGCAAUUGGUAACUCGUUUUUUCCAGCGUCGUCGAUUCACAAUUAUGGACCCAAGCUAUGUACAGUUAAUGAUAUCCCAGGGUAUCAAGACCUCCCAACCUGUCUCGCCGAAUUCCCACCUGAUUCUUCCGGAUGGUAUCAUUUGACCGUAUCUAAAUAUUGGUUAGAAAGACAGAGCCUGGAAAAUGCCAAAAGAGACUUUAAGGAGUCUUGGCAAUUAUUGCAAAAGAUGCAGGAAUUCAAUAGGACCCAUCUGAGGGAUUAUUUAGGUGGAAGAAUCCGUAUUGAUGUUAUCGAUCAUGCUAUUGCCGACGCAGAUGCUACAGCAUUUGAUGAAAAUGGGCGUGCUUAUGAGACCUGUAUGGUUCCUAUUCAUUAUCAACAUCAUCAACAUGAAGAUGCUAACGAUAUAAGUGGGCCCGUUAGAACGUCCCUUGGACAGCGUACAAUACAUGCCAACUGUAUAGUAUAUUAUCGCUAUAUCAAUAAUAAUCAGGAUGGAGAUCCGCCCGUCGUAAGGGAUAACCCCAACCCUAAGAUUUGUCGUACUAUAAUUUGUCGAGGCCUAUUUAAUGUCGAAGGGGAUUUUGAUGGUUUCAAUAACAGAUACCUGUUGCUCGGCCACCACGAUUUCAAAAGGAUGGUUAAAGAUCAUUUGGCGUGUUUUACUGAAACUGAGAAUAUUUUCGACACAAACUUCUUUGAGCCUGAUGAGUUCAUGGGUGGCUCUUGCCAGUCAGAGACUGAAGCAUGGAGAUGGAAGAGUGGGGAACUUUUCCCCGAUCAAGGACAAAAGUCUGGGUGGGGAUAUAGGCGAAAGAACAUCAAAAUAAUACAUUGGACAGUCUAUCCCGCAAGGGUAUCUAACGACGCAGUUCUAGCUCUCAUUCCACUUGGGGGUACAUUCAAUUCUCUGUGGACGGCACGAUGGAAACAAACGCCCAGACACAAAACGGUCAUAUUCUCCCUGCUGGUGAUCUCAGCCACAGACGCGAUAAUAUCGUGCUGGAAAGCCCUUGAGAUCAAAAUGAUAGCUUUGUUGAGUACAGAUCAACUCACUGACUUUAUGGAUCCUGGAGAAUAUGUUCACCAAUUAUACGAUCGAGCAAAUUUUUCGAAGUCAAGGUUCUAUUUUUGGGCUAUCGGAUGCCUGAUGGCCUUUGAUGACCAGAUCAGCCUCAAUAUAGAGGCUAUUGAUAAAUUUGCGAACCCAAAAGCAUGGUAUUGGAGAGGAACAUCAAUCGAUCCUGAGCUUGCUAAGGAUAUAGCAAACAACCGUGAGAAGUUAGCUCAGAUUCGACAGCAAUUUCGCAAAGAUCUAAAGCGCUUGGAAUCAUUGCGUGAUGGUCUUUAUAAUGGCAGUACCGUGAUGGAAAGCAGACAAUCUAGAGUUCUUGGGGAAAAUGUCAGGCUGCUGACAUUUGUGAGCAUUUUCUUUCUACCUUUGGGAUUCUGUGCGUCUGUUUGGAGUGUUCCAUCUGUCAACGCACGCUGGCCGGAUCUGAGAAUUAUGGCAAUAGCUGCGACCGUUUUCACCACCUUUACGAUCUCUAUUGUUUGUAAUCUAGACCGACUGAUAUGGUUGCUCAAAAAAACUCUGGAGUCCCCUCGAAAUAAGCUAAUUGCAAGAAUGCCAUCACAUGGAACAGCCUCCAAGACAUUACCAGAGAGGCGGAUUCGACGUUCCAAACAUAUGGAACCAAAAGAACUAUCUCAACAGGAGAAGGAUAUCGAAAAGUGGGCCAACAGAGCGAAAUCAUUCGAGCCGUUUCCCCGUUCGGACUUGCCUUCACGACCUACUCAUUGGUGGCUAUUCAUGUUUGCCAUCAAGCUUUGCGUUUCAUAUAUCGCGUUGCAAAUCAGUCGACUAAAAGCUUGGAGUUCAGCCAAAGCAAAUGUUCUACUCAAGAACAUAACCAGAACUUUUACUUCAACCGAGCGCGUUAUACCAACAGGUCCCGAGAAUACGAUACAUGCUCCUGAUGACGAUGGUACGGUACAAAGGAAUGCCAGCACUUCCGCACAAGCAAUUGUUCCCCCUGAAAAUAACACGCCAACAAUUCAUCCCGAACCACUUCAACAAAUAAAUCAAAACUCGAGUUUGGCAGAUCUGACAAGUGUGGUGGUUGGCAAUGAUGGAGGUGUUGAGAAUGAUUCUUUGAGUAUAGCUAUGGCUACUCCUUUGCCAGCGUCUGAUUCUAUUUCAUUGUGA